CUGCUCCCUGUGGUCACCUCGGCUCUUCCAGUAACUCUUGGAGGUAAUAGUGAGCAGCAAGGGGCUCCAGAGGCUUGACAAUGGGCUUCUUAAUCCCAUGGCCAACAACUGUCCCCACUGGUGCCUUAUUCAAACAAACCACAUCACCAUCAGACUUCCUCCUCAUCGCCAGCUACACCAAUAUCUUCCUCAUCCUGGUGUAUUUCUACAGUGACAUUCUCAAUCUCAAUGUCAGCACGUGGACUGGCACUGCUCCUCUCAGCACUUGCAAAGGGCAUGCAAAUGGAUGAAGGAGCCUCCUCUUCUGGUACAGUAAGGGCAGUUUUGGCAUAUUUCAGACCUCCAUUUAGAUUUCUCAUAUCACUUAACCGAUGAUCACACCAAAGUGUGUUUGUCCUCUAAGGGUGUCAAUGCCUCAAACCCAGGAAUUUAUGGAGACUUCAUGUGUGACGCCCCGUAUGGACUGAUAUUAUCAGCAAUUCAGUUUAUAAAGGACUCAAAACAAAAAGUUGAAUUCAUGAUUUGGACUGGGGAUAGUCCUCCACAUGUUCCUGUAAAUGAACUAUCAACAAAAAUGGUAAUAGAGGUCAUCAGGAAUAUGACUUCUACCAUUCGCAACCUCUUACCCGACAUGCUUGUUUUUCCAGCACUUGGCAACCAUGACUACUGGCCCCAGGAUCAGUUCCCUGUAUCAGGGAGCGAGAUAUAUACAUCAGUAGCAGAGAUCUGGAAACCAUGGCUGUCUGAAGAUGCUCUCUGCACUUUCCGGAAAGGAGGAUACUAUUCUCAAAUCUACAAAUCAAACAAAUCUUCACAUUCUCUGAGGAUCAUCAGUUUAAACACCAACCUGUACUACGGUCCUAAUAAAGUGACAGUCAACAUAACUGACCCAGCUGAUCAGUUUGCCUGGUUGGAGGAAACACUGCAAUAUUCUCGACAGAAAAAUGAAAAGGUAUACAUCAUUGCCCAUGUUCCUAUUGGCUUCCUUCCCUUUUUACUAUUAACCACGGCAAUGAGAGACAAUUUCAAUGAGAAACUUGUACAAAUUUUCCGCACUUAUAAUGAUGUUAUUGUUGGACAGUUUUAUGGACAUACUCAUCGAGACAGUAUCAUGAUUCUUUUAGAUGAAAAAGAGAAGCCAGUUGGAUCUGUAUUUGUUGCACCAGCCGUAACACCCAUUAAAUCCUUAUCAGAGACAGAUGCCAAUAACCCAGGAUUCCGCCUAUACCAGUAUGAUACGAAUAGUUACGACAUGCUGGAUUUGUGGCAUUAUUACUUAAAUCUCACUGAAGCAAAUUUAAGAAAACAAGCUCCAUGGAUGCUGGAAUAUAUUAUGACCAAAGAGUAUAACAUAAAGGAUUUAAAGCCUGAAAGUCUGGAAGAACUUGUCAAAAGAUUUCAAAUGCCAAAAAGUACUGACUAUCAGAACUACUACAAGAACUACAUAGUGAGCUAUGACAACUCUGAUGGUUGUGAAGGAUUAUGCAAGGGACAGCAGAUUUGUGCAAUACAACAUGUUGAUGCAGCUCGCUAUUUUAAUUGUAUUAUACAUUUUUUAAAAUUACAUAACAUUGUAACUGAAAAUGAGGUAUUGCGGAGAUAAAUCACAGUGAUCAGCUUUUAGUAACUGCAUUCUAAUUUUGUCAAAGUUUUGAAACAAUGUCAAUAAUAAGUGAUCACAAACAAAGACACUAUAUUUAUAUUUAAUAUGAGUGUGGGUAUAUGGGAAUGAAAGAGUGGGUGGGUACCUCACCUUACUUAAUUUUACAGCUAUCAUGUGAAAAAUAAACUUGUAACAAAAUGAACAAGCUCUAGAUGAUCUGAUCAUGUAGUUCAUGCCUAUGGAACCUUGGUCCAAAGUAAAAACAUACAGUACAGUAGUUCCCAUUAAUCCACAUUACCUCCUCAUUCAGAGGUGGAUGCUAAUGGCUUUGAUGCUGUGUGCUUGUAUAUAGCAGCUCUGCCGUAAGUAUGCAAAAGCACACGAGGCACCUUACAGUAAGUAUAAAGACGCCCACUGCACGCUUCUGUGAUGCUUUGCUGUGCCAAACAUGCUGUGGCUUCUGGGGUGCUGUGACCAAUGGCACAGAACCAUAUCUGCACAUGCACCUCCUACAUAUGCGCAGAUCAUUAAACCAUACGUGCCUACUUUUAAAAAAUAAUUUCAGGGAAAUUGUGAAGGUAACACCUACUGUACAGUAUCAGCGCGGGCGUGUACGGCUACAUUUGGGAGGUGUGUCAUAAAAAUGACUGACAUCCAAAUGUAAAUGAGCCCCAAAGUUAGUAAGAUCUAUUUGUUGAAGAAAAAACACUGAUAUAUUUCAGGAUUUAUUUGUUUAUUGUGUUAUACAAGAGGUACCAUAUACUGUAAGUGGCCACAAGAAACCUUUUUUAACAUGCAUGUAGCCAUAGGGAUCAUUGUUCAUUUGAAUGUAUAUAUCUCUGAUUUCUUUUUAUCCCAAGCAUAUAACAGUUACAUAAUGGGGGUAAGGUGCAUUCAGGGAGAUUGCUAUUAUUUCAGGGAGUCUCUUCCAGAAUGCGGGAGGGUAGGCAACUAUGGAUUAAACAUUGGAGUUUUACGAAAAUAUUAGAUUUACAUAAAGUUGUGAAUCAGGCCCUCAGUCAGCAAAUUAAACUACAAGAGGAAGUGUAUAGUUACUCAUUAUACAUAGGUCCAUCCUCAUGUGCCACAUGAUUUUCUACAGGGAACAUAUAUAAUAGUCUUCUUGUUUAUGGAUUUCCAUCUGAUUGAGCGAAUGAGAUAAAUUUUGCCCAGUUAUAUUGAUUAAACAUGACUAUAUAUGAAUAGUGAAAUCAAUAAAAUAAUACCAUCAGUCUGUUUUGAUAAA